AUGGCAUCUACUGAGGAGUUGGCCCCUAUUGCAGAGCCUGCGGAAGGGGAUACUUUAAACCCAAUCCAGGAAACUGUAAAUGACACUCAGGAAAUAAAAGCAGAGGCAGAUUCUCCCGCAGACAAAGCGCUAAGUUCGCCAGAACGCAAGGGGACACCGUCCAAGCGGCCUUUAACAGGGACCGGUCCAAAACGACCCGUGACAUCUGGCACAACCCGAUCUACGAAGCCGACGACCACAUCCGCACGAACAGCGCCUGGAAGUGCCUUGAAUAAACCCCCGAUUCGGCCGGCCAAUCAGACUACCACCCGAAAACCAGCCUCGAGCGGGGCUCCAGUUGUGUCCCAUCGAUCUCAGCUUCUACGAGGAUCAACUUCCGAUAGUAUCGGAACGUAUGGGCAACAGUUACGUCGUCCAAGAACUCCCGGCAGCCGUACUACUCCCUCAGCUACGCAGAGCCCAUCGAAGCCGAGUUCUCGACCUACAGCUGCUGUUCCAUCAACCGGUGCACGGACAACACGUCCGGCUACAACGGGCAGGUCUUCUGUGUCUAGCUCUGAUGCGACUAAACGGCGGAUAACUGUUCCGGCAUCUCCGGCGACGAAAAGGUCAUCUGGGGAACCUUCCAAGAACCUUUCUUCGAAAUCUCCAGAGUUGCAGAAAAGAAUUGCGGAAUAUGAAAGUAUAAAAUCGAUGCUUUUAGCAGCCAUUGAUGCUGAUGAGACCGGGGAUGAUGAUAAGCGUGACAGAAUCCAGAGUGACGUUGAUCGCGAAAUCGUCAAACUGAAAGCUGGCCUGGACAUUGCCAAACGAGAUGGACCCGAGGAUUCCGGAGCUCAAAGCGUCACUCAUUUGCUCUCACAGCUCGAAGCUAGUGAAAAUAAGAUUUUGGAAUUGCAGAAACUCUUAGAUGAAUCUUUAUCAAAAACUGCAGACCUGGAAAAAUUAGCCGAUGAUGCCGCUGCCGCGCAAACAGAGAAUUCCGCCGAAGUUGGCAUUUUAACUGAGUCUCAUUCACAGGAAAUAAAGGCUUUACAGGCCAACCUUGAAGAAGCUGAGGCCAAAUAUCGAGAACUAGUUACACAAUCGACCAGCAGUUUGGAAGAAGCUAAGAGAUCAGCGGUCGAAGCCGGAGACUUGAAGGCGGCGGCGCUUUUGGAAGAACAAAAAGCAGUACACGUGGCAUCGCUCCAAAACCUGAAAGACGAGCUUGCCGUUGAGUGCUCUUCGAAGACCGAGCUUUCUAACGAGAUUGAAAUUUUGAAAGCGGACAUCACAGCCCGAACGGAAGAAUUGAAUGCGAUAAAGAAAGCGGCCGAGGACGAGAAGCAAGAAGCUAAUGAGACUCAACAAAACAAACUUCAACAACUUGAAAGUGAAAUGCGGGGCCAGGACACAGUUAUGAAGAGCUUGAAGGAUGAAAUCCAGCUCCUGAAAAAUUUGAAAGAUCAAGAAUUAUCGGAAGCCCAGGAGACCUCGUCUCAGGCACAGGCUGCCCUCAAGGAAAAAAUUGCGAUGCUUGAAGGGAAACUGGCGCAGGCAGAAUCGGACACAGCACGAGGUACUGCUGAGAACUCCCAGUUGUUGGCUGACAAGGAUCAGGAAAUCCAACGCCUUAGUGAAGUUAUUGAGAGUCUUCAACAAUCCAUCGAAAAUUUGAAUGAGUCCAAAUCAGAGGAACAUUAUAAGCAGAUUCUUGAGGUUAGCACUGUCCAUGACCGAGCGAUUGCGUCUCUGAAAGCAGAGCAUGAUUCUGUGUCAGCCAAUUUGAAAGCCGAACAUGAACAAAAGCUCGCGGAAAUUGCAGAUGAGAUUAAAAGUUUGAAAGAGUCACAAGAACGUGAAAUUGCGGACCUUAAACAGAAACAUGAGACCUCCCAAGGUGGACUUGAUGCCCAUAUUUCCGAACUUAACGCUGAUAAAUCGCGCUUGGAAAUUGAGAUUGACGAAGUAAAAUGGUCACAUGAAGUUGAAAUCGAAGAGUUGCAGAACAAGUUGUCUGAAGGUGAGUAUGCGUUGGCUGAGGCUCAACGGACGAGCGAGGACAACAACGCAGCCCAAAAAGAAGCCAGUGCAACUUUGAUACAAUCUCUCGAAGACAAAACUAAGGCAAUGGAAGCUGAACUAGCGGAAAGUAAUUCUCGUGUUCAACUCCUGACUGCUGAUUUGGAGGCGGAGAAAGCUCAAGUUGAAGGACUGCGGAAAGGACUCGAGGCAUUCGAAGCCGAUAGUAAGGGGAAAGACCAACAUUAUGAGGCGCAGAUCGCAAAGCUCAGAGCUGAUGCCGAAGCCAUCACUACAUCAAUGGAGGAGAAAACCAUUGAGCUUAAACAGGCGGAAGAAAGGCAUCUCGCUGCUCUGAAAGACCUGUCAAACACUCAUGAAACCGAGCUCGCGGCACUCAAAGCUGAGUUGCUUGAAUCCCAUAAAAAUUCGCUGGGAGAUAUCCAGCGGAAAUAUGACGAACUUUCAACCGCAAAAUCGGAGCUGGAAGCUGGAUUUGUAGGCCGUGUUGAGGCUCUCAAGGAAGAGCAUGCCACAGCGCUUGAGCAGCGGGUGGCUAACCUUGAAGAAUCACACCAAAGUGCUAUUGAUCAAUUGAAAAAGGAAUUCGAAAACUCUCUAGCAAAACAAGGCCAAGAAUUGGAAGUUUUACAUAGUCAGAAAUUCGAGGAGCUGGAAACGACACACGCGAAAGCGAUCGAGGAGUUGCUUGCUGCUCAUGAGGAAAAGUUGAACAAUCUAAGAGAAGAACUUGAAGCGGCAUCGAAGGAAAAGUUAGCCGAGGCAGAAUCGUCACAUUCUGCUGCUCUGUCCGAACUUCAACAACAAGUUACAAAGGCGCAAGAAGCUGCUGCAGACACCUCGGAGAUCGAUUGUCUUCGGCAAGAGCUGAGUGACCUUGUUUCGCAAUUAGCGAAAGUCGAACAGGAAAAGGCUGAUGUUGAGACGACCUUGCAAUCAGCACAGAAUUCACUCUCGGAACUUGAGAACCUGCGCCUCGAUUUGGAGAGCACCAAAGCCCAACUUUUAUCCGCCAACGCAGGCCUCUCCCAACUCAGGCAGACUCAUGAAGAUACCAUCACAGUCGCUGAACUGCUGAGGACAAAAGCCACCACGACCGAAGCGAAACUGCACGAAGCUGAAGCUAAAUCUGCAGAUCUAGAGAAGAAUUUAAACGCCUUGAGCGAGAAAAACUUUUCGCUUGUUGAGCAACUGCAAGAAGCUGAAACGGCUGCGGCUAAAACCAACAGACGUAUCCGAGAGCUGGAAUUCGAUCUUUCCGAGGCCGCAAAAGGCAAGGAAAGCCCGGUUGCUGUGUCAAAUGGCGAUGCUCCGAAAUCUAAGGGUGGUCUGGCAGAUAGUAAAUGGGCUGUUCCAGACGAUGAGGACCAGUCCAAUGAUGCUGCCGGUAAUCCUGUAGGAGAGGACAGCGGCCUGGCCGUGAAGGAAGAUGGCCAGCAUCCGGGAACAGUUGCGGCAGCUUGA